UGCUCUGCACCUGCUCCUCCCCUCCUGCCUUAUUAUCCUCAGACUCAGAGCUGCGCUCCGUCCUCGCCAAGUGAUGCUCCUCGGCGGCGCACAUCAGUUUAUCGCUGCAGGGAGGACCGCUACGGCUCGUUUUUCUCCCCCGGAAAGCACGCACUGAGGGGCGAAUGAACAUGGGAAUUUAACGGGACUUAUGGAAGAGUGAGCUGAAGGAGGGAAGGGCGACGGGGAGGCGCAGAAGUCCCAUUCGAGAGAGCAGAAGGAGGGGAAGGGGGAGAAGGAGGGAGGACUCCGGAAAACGGUCCCGCCGGGACGAGGGGACGCAGUGGAUGGUUUAUGUGCUUUGCAUAGUUUUAAAUGGACUCAACAUGCAGUUUUUUUUCUUGGCUGGUGUAGAGAGUAAAAUCCCAGGAUAUAAAGGAAGCGGUUGUUGGAGUUACGGCAGGUCGUCCGGUGCCUUUUUAUUUCUGAUGGAGUGAGUUAAAGAAGGGGACGCACGGUAACUUCAGAUCCGCCAUGAAAUCAGUGUUUUUCAGCCGUUUUUUCAUCCUCUUGCCCUGGGUCCUCAUUGUCAUCAUAAUGAUCGAUAUGGACAGUAAACGGGCGAUCCGGUCUCCGGUAGUAGGUCGGACCGGCAGGGCGCAGCGUGCCGCUCGGAGCAGCGUACCGGUGGUAGGUGGCGCCCAGAACCAGUCCGCCCUGCCGAUCAUCUACGCCAUCACUCCGACCUACACCCGCCCGGUGCAGAAAGCCGAGCUGACCCGAUUGGCCCACGCCUUCCGCCAGGUGCCCCGAUUCCACUGGAUCAUAGUGGAGGACUCGUCGGCGCGCACUGAGCUGGUGGCGCGCUUCCUGGCCCGGUGCGGGGUGCCGUACACGCACCUGCAUGUGUUCACUCCCCGCAGAUUCAAGCGCGCCGGGAUGCCACGCGCAACCGAACAGCGGAACGUGGCUCUCGCGUGGCUCCGACAGCACCGGAGCAGGCGGGACCCCGGGGUGGUUUUCUUCGCGGAUGACGACAACACGUACAGCCUGGAGCUGUUUGAGGAGAUGCGAAGCACUCGAGGGGUCUCUGUUUGGCCUGUGGGAUUUGUGGGUGGCCGAACAUAUGAGCGCCCCCUGGUGUCCGGAGGUAAAGUUGUGGGCUGGUACACCGGCUGGAGACCGGACAGACCCUUUGCCACUGACAUGGCAGGUUUUGCAGUAAAUCUCCAGGUGAUCUUGGCGAACCCACGGGCACAGUUCAAGCGGCGGGGCUCCCAGCCGGGGAUGCAGGAGUCCGACUUCCUCAAGCAGAUCACCAAGGUGACCGAGUUGGAGCCCAAGGCGAACAACUGCACACGGGUGCUGGUUUGGCACACUCGCACAGAAAAACCACACCUUGCCAAUGAGCCAAAGCAUCGAAAGGACACUGUGGUCAUUGAGGUGUGAUUGCACAUUGUCACUGUCUUGGCUGGGACUGCCAACCGCCUCCUGCCUUCUCUCCUUACUGGCCAGAUAAAAUCUGUUCAUGGUGGACUCGGACUCUGAGGAGCUGCAUGAUUCACGACUCCUGGCUGUCUCUCAAACAUUGGCUUGUGAAUCUGGACAACCUGGAUAGAGCUGGACCGUUUGUUUUCCUCCGUCCAUCAUUGCUGAUAUAAAAACUGAAGUUAUAAAUGUAAAGAAUCUUGUUGCUGAGUGUCACGUGAAUCAUUUUGAAUUGUCAAUAUGUCGUUUUAAAUUUCUUUUAAAGCCUCAGUCAGUUUCACUGUGAUGUUGUUUUCUAAAGGUUUUUGGUCCAGAUAAUUAGCUACUGCACACAUCCUUAUUUUUUUUCCCCUAAUAGUAAAACUGAAAAGAGAUUUACAUGUGUCUAAGAACAUGUUUCACAUCUGUGCAUUCAGGAUAAAUCUGGUAAAAGACUUCACUUAUGACCAAGUUAGCUUUGUAUAAAGGCUGGAAAGGAAGGUUCAAAUGUUAAAGUAAGUUAAAUUUAAUUGAAAAUAACACAAAGGCGACAUGUCAAAUGUUAAAUGUGGAAAAUCUGAUUGUCUUAGUGAAAAUUUUCCUUAUUUUAAAUGUAAUACCAGCAAUGUUUUCUAGACAUUUAGCGACAUUUAAAGUUACAUUACAACUACUUAGCUUGUUAAAAACAUUAACAAAUAGGCUAAAAGUUGCAUUAAAACUUAAAUACUGAACUAAAUUGUCCUUAGAUUCAAUUACUGGUUUAAACCAGCAAAGCUAGCUGUGUUUCUUGUCUACCAGCCUUGAUGCUAAGCUAGGCUAACAAUAUUAAAACAAGCUCUAUUUGUUUUACUGCUCUUGUAAAGAUGAAAAUUGUUGAACUGUUACAAUACUUAACCAUGAGCCAACAUAACUUUUACAGGAGGGGAGGAAAUUAAAUGCUUCAGUCUGUUUUUGCUGAGCAAUUUACUUUGAUCAUCAUAGUUCAUCUUUGUUCUGGAAGAACAGCAACAAUUUCUGGUCAUGUGAUCUGAAAAUACUGAUCAGAUGAUGCCAGUAUAGUCAGCUUGGACCUUCUUUGGUUUAAUAAACCACAAGCUUGUGUAUACAUUAGUGCAUCAGUUACUGACCUAAAUACUGUCUAACUGUCCUUGAAAUAUCUCUGAGGCAAGACGUGGAAGGUCUUGAAUGACAUGUUAAACUGAAGUUUAAAGGAACAGAAGAAGUGACUAAUGCUCACAAGCUAAAAAGAAGAAGCAGGACAAAAUCCUGGACCAAACAGCCUUUAUUUUAAAUUACCCUCUUGUAAAACCUGGAAAAGAAAAAACAAAAAAGAAAAAGAGAAUUUUCAAAAUAAUAAAACAGUAUUUAUAAUAGAGAGCCAUUAGACGAAGAUACACAGAAACCUUCCUCUAUAUUUACGGUUUAAAUGCACGAAAACCACUUUAUUUCCUCUGUACUAGGCACCAGAAAAUGUAAAUGCACUGGAAAUAAACCUGGAGGACGCUAAAUUUAUUAGGAGCGCUACAGCUAUUGCAUGGCAGCGGGACCCUGUGCAUACAGACAUGGAUCUGCA